AUGGUCCCUUGGGCCUUUGGCGUGCCUCUCAUCCUCGUUUCUGCUCUGGGACUUCUUCUUAACGGUUACGUUCUCCUCGUGGUCCUCGGACUGGGCAAACAGACGCAGCAGCAACAAACCGCCAAUACUUUGUUGCUGACACACUUGGGUGCGGUGGAAGCGGCCGUGUGUCUGAUAUUACUGAUCUUUACUACUGGUUCCUGGCCCAUCGCCGGCACCUGGUGCGUCCUCCACGGUUUCCUUUUAACUCUUUUGCAUCCGGUCGCUCUCUGGACCGUAACUGGACUGAACUGUGACAGGUAUUACGCGAUCGCGGCUCCGCUGCAUUACGCUGCGCUGGUGUCGCCUCGACGAGUUGCGGUUGGCCUAGCAGCAUCCUGGACUGGGGCACUAUUUUUAUGCGUGCUACCUUUUUGGGGUUUAGUCCCGCCUUACAGAUACAGUCCAAGUCUUGGCUGUUGCGCCCCGGAUUUUAGUAACGACUCGUGGGGCCUAGCAGCGGGACUUUACGGUGCGGUUUACGCGAUUCUGGGGUUGGCUCUACCAGCGGUCCUCGUCACCGUUUGCAAUUUGCGUGUGCUCGGCAUAGCGCGUUAUCACCGACACCGCAUCGCUAGCGCAAUUUACGAAGUCACCUUGAGCGCCCAGGUGACCAUCACCCAUCAGCGGAAUCCGUUUUUCGUACCAACUGUCACGGCACCAUCCGCCAUCAGCCCGCCCCGCUUUCACAGUGCGGCCAGCACGGUAAUGCAACUAGUCGGUUCUCUCUACUUGCUUUACUUCCCCUAUUGCGGCCUGAUCCUUUGGGAGGUUUGCGGCGUCGGCAAUCAACCGCACCUCUACGAUCACCCGAAGCUGGCUUCGUUGGCCUCUCUUCUACUUGCUUGUUCUCCACCCAUCAACGGCCUCCUUUACGGCUUGAAAUCACAGACCAUUAGGCGAUCGGUGCAAAACUACUGGCGGAAAAAGGCGACAAAGUCCGAGCUCCAACAAGAAAUCCAAGCAAGGACGCCAAGCGCAGCAGGAUCGAGGAGACCGUCCGGAAGUGGAACUGGUUCCUUCUUUCCGUUCCCUCCGUUACAACGAAGACUCAGCGAGGCGCUUCUAGCGUUAGGUUCCUGCAGGAGUGGGAAUAGUAUCGAUAGCAACAAUCUUGGCUUUCAUCGAACCAGAUUGCAGCCAGCUGCAUCGUGCAACACGCUCCGAGUACCAACUUCGGAAUCAGGUGAAAGCAGUAAGCUUGUACGGUCUAGCGCAAGUGCAGCCAGCUUGAUGGGUCCCCAUUAUCGAAGCGACUUCAUUGGGACGGACGUGAGCGCUGGCUGUUCAAUAGCAUUGAACGAGACAUCAAGAAGAAGCCCGAGGAUCCUCAUUACGCGAGCGUGUAGCGAAGAUAGUCAAGAUGGAGGAAGUCCUUUGCUGAGGAAACCUUUCCUCUCAAAUGUUCUGCCAUGCGACAAACGAAGAUGGCGGCACUGCAGUACCGGAAGCGACAGUAGCACGGGAAGCAGCGAGGCGAGCGUGUGGACGACCGGUGUUGCGCAAAAACUCGCCAAGGUCAACGUGAAAAAUUCAUCAGAUAUUUGGGCGUCGUCACGAAGAUAUGGCCGUGGAAAAAAUUUCGAGGAAGGGCCACUUUUAGUUGGCGUCAGACCGAGCAAUAACAGCGAAAGCAGCGAUACCACGGACACCACGGUCACUACCACCACCACGACAAUGCCGACAAAAGCUGCGGCCAUGGAGAACGGAGGCUGUCGAGAGCAAGAAAAAGAAGACACGAAAGCAGAGAAGAGGGACAGAGAUCGCAGCGAGAGUGAGAACAGUUGGAGCAGUGUCGACGAAAUCGACUCGAAGGAAAUGGCGGACAAAAGUACAGAGGAGGAUAAUCUCGAGAAGAUUGAGGGGGAAACAGAGGGACAAAAGUGCAAGCAAUUAAGGCGGAAAUCGAAAACGAUUCGAAAGCCGAACGUUCCUCAGGACUGCAAAGAGAUCACGCAACGCAGACCUCUUCUCGCCUCGUCCUCUUAA